AUGGCCGCUAAAUCGGAUGGAGCAGCGGUGUCCGUGGAAGAUGACAACACGCCCGGGAGCCUCUCGGAGCCGGGGAACCCCGCCACCGGGCGGCCCCGCGGGAAGCCCUACACGCUGCUGGACUGCUGCUGGGUGCUCUGCGCCCUGCUCGUCUUCUUCUCCGACGGCGCCACCGACCUGUGGCUGGCCGCCGACUACUACCUGAGAGGUGACUACUGGUGGUUCGGCUUGACGCUGGUCUUCGUGGUGGUGCCCUCGGCUGUCGUCCAGGUGCUGAGUUUCAGGUGGUUCGUGUAUGACUACUCGGAUCUGAGCUGCGGGGACGGGGCAGCGAGCGGCGGCGGCGGCGGCGGCACCGGCGCAAAGGCGGCGGCGGACGACGCAUGCGGUGCAGCCGCGGCGGGCGAUUACACUUUAAGCACCAAGGACAGCGGUGGGAGCGCGGCGGUGGGCGACGCCGCGAAUGCCACCCCGGUUGGCGCGUCCUCUGCCCCGCCUGCGACGGCAGGGAUAAAAGGAACCCCACGGAGCUGCUGCACCGUCUGCAUGUGGGUCUUUCAAACCGUGCUUCACGUCCUGCAGCUGGGGCAGGUCUGGAGGUACAUCCACGCUCUCUACCUUGGUGCCCAGAGCCGUUGGCAUGGCGACGGGCCCCGCCGUCACUUCCACUGGCGGCUGAUGUUUGAGAGCGCUGACAUCACCAUGCUGCGCCUGCUGGAGGCCUUCCUCAAGUCGGCUCCGCAGCUCGUCCUCCAGCUGAGCAUCAUGAUCCACGGAAACAUCGUCCUCCCGCUGCAAGGUCUCUCUGCCUCGGCCUCCUUGGUGUCUCUAGCCUGGAUGAUUGCCUCCUACCAGAAGGUUCUCCGGGACUCCCGCGACGACAAGCUGCCCAUGUCCUACAAGGCCGUGAUCACCCAGAUGCUGUGGCACUUCUUCACCAUCGGGGCGAGGACCGUGGCCUUUGCCCUCUUCGCCUCCGUCUUCCAGCUCUACUUCGGCAUUUUCAUCGUCAGCCACUGGUGUGUCAUGACCUUCUGGAUCAUCCAAGGUGAAACUGACUUCUGCAUGUCCAAGUGGGAGGAGAUCAUCUACAACAUGGUGGUGGGCAUCAUCUACAUCUUCUGCUGGUUCAACGUCAAGGAAGGCCCCAGCCGCUUACGCAUGACCGUCUACUAUUCUGUGACGCUGGCGGAGAACGUGGCCCUGACCGCGGCCUGGUACACCUACCGCGGGCCCCACACCUCCGACUCCUACGCCCUGGUGGUGGUGUGCCUGGUGGCCUGCAGCUUUGCCCUGGGAACCUUCUUCAUGUUGGUGUACUACUGCUGGCUGCACCCCGACGGGCCCGUUCUGGGCUCCCAGUGGGGGGGCUGUGUAGACGACGGUGGGGUGAGCGCGGGAGGGGUAGCGGGAGUGAUCGACGCUUGCCUCACCCCGUCCCAAGGGUCCCAAACAGACAUGGUCAUCACCAGCCCUCCGAGGACUCUCCCCAGGACUAAAGACACGGGGGAGCCGGUUCCCGGGGAGCGAGACAAGGACAGGGACAGGGACAGUUGCCUGCCCAUCUUCCAGGUGCGCCCCUCCCCUUCGUCGUCCCCCGCGCUCCUUCACAGGACGUCCUCCUCGUCUCGUGCGCUCGACGGACCCGUGAUCCGGAUCGACCUGCCGAGGAAGCGAUACCCGGCCUGGGACGCGCACUUUAUCGACAGGCGCCUUCGCAAAACCAUUCUGCUCCUGGAGACCACGUCGGCCGCCAGCCCGAGGAUCCAGUACAGGAGUAGCAUGAUGGGCAGCAAAGAGGUCUUAGAGUACGAGACGACCGUCUAAGCCGGCUGGGGCUCCUAAACUUAAAAGAGCAGCCUGAGACCCGAGACUCAGCCUGGGAUCGGCUCUCAUCCUAGAAACACCCGACGCCAGGAGAAGCGCGGAAGGGUGACAAGAGUUUCAAGCAACUCUGAUCAACUCCAACAAGAGUGUCAAACUUGAUUGUAAAAUGUGAAGCGCAAUCUGGGAACAAAUCUCUCCCCUUAAGGCGCCGUGCGGGAGAACGUAGCAUGAAUGAGCCGUGGGAAGUAGAGGGAGUAACACUGGAGGGAGAUAAUCUUCGUCUUAUCUAAAAGCUCGGAGGUGAGACAUUUGAUCCCUCAUCCUGGGACCCAGGAGAGUUAGAUUUAGUUUCAUCCUGCAUGGUUAGAGCAAGAAGUAAAAGGAUUUGACGGUAAUUGAGAAACAGUUCGCCGCAUGAACUUGAGCCUCGGACCCGAAGAUUCAACAGAGACUUACAACGGGGACUUUUUGAGGCUGUAGUUUGCACGGGACAUGCAAUCAAUUUGGUUUGGUAGCAAAUUAGACAUGAAUGAAAAUAUUACUCAAGUGAUUGGGGGGGCGAAGACGCCUUCACAUCUUUGUUAAAACUGAGUAAAAUUGAGUUGAGAAGUCGUAGUUUUUUUCAAUCUUUUUUUUAUGGAACUAACAGAAAAUAAUUGAAUUCAGCUUUUUAUAUCCAACCACGUACAAAAAGAUAAGUUCAAUUAUUUCCAGUUAGUUUAAGUGACGCACAAUAAAAAUAUACUGAAAACAUAAAUUCAACAAUGACAAACAAAUCUCAACCCCAUUCGACAUGCAUUGACUCAAGGCGUCUGGAUUUCUAUUAACCUCCAACAUCACCGACUCAUUGCCAAUUAAGUACUCUUUAAUAUUUAAAGAAAUGCAAUCGCUUUGCACACACACACACACACACGACACACACACUGUUCACGUGUCAGUUUGCCGUACCAUCAUGCCUCCGAAGGUUUGCAUGUCCCUCGCGGACUUUGGUAACCAUCCUUUGAAACGUUCUGUCCGCGGCGUCUAAAGAGAAACGUAUGGACCGACACAUUGGACUCAAGUCUUGAGAUAAAUGAAUUACAUCCCCGCUGCUCCGUCACCCACCAACUUCAUCAAGAACUCACCUGGAAGAGAUCAGAACCGGUCUGGAUGUAAGCUGGACGACUCCUGCAACGCCCCCCCUCUCCCAUAUGCCAUGCUCUAACUGGCCACAAACAGGCCUGCGAUGUACAGUUGAAUAAAUAAGGAUGUCAUAUAUAAGCUAUUAUAAUAAGCUGUAGUUGGUGAAUGACUUUUGGAUGAAGACGCUUCAUUUGCGCGUAAGAGUCUAAAUGUUUUCUUGAAAUACACGAGAUGUAGAGGUAGAAAUGGUAUCAUUAGCAACCUCAUUAUGAUGUGAAAAACAUUCUCCAGUGUUUAAUCUUUGGCAAGAACAGUAUCUGAUAAAAAAAAAAUACAUUGAUUGUUUUUGCAGGCUAGCGAGUUAGAAAAAGCUGCUGUUCAUUGUUACAAAUAGGAUGUUGACAAGGGUUUGGAUUUUUGAAAGAUGUUUACAAAAUAAAACCAUGUACAGGCCUUCAAAGAAGAUUCAAUCGACAGAUGAGAAAUCCUCUUUGUUCCUUCGACCUGCUGUUGUUGAAAAAAAAGGAACCACCAAAUUCACCGUUCAGAGUUGUUCAGCAGACGGCUUCAAGGGUUGAGGUUUAACGUCCGACUCCCCGGUGUGAAUGUGUUACUAUCAACUAGAAGCAGCGAGAUGCUGAGACAUUCCAGCGUGGUGGGCAACAGCACCUGGAGAAAGAAUAGUUUAAAAGAACAAAACACUAGCAUCAAAGCUAACUUUUGUCCUCUCUCAUAUUACACAACAGAUCUCUCUUUGAAGUUCUUUAAAAACAUAUUUUUUCAUCUUUAAAAGCCAUAGUUUAGUGUGUGCAUAUAAGGUGACUUGUGAUUUGUUAUGAAGAAAGUUCUUCGAGUCCAUCCGAGAAACAUUUAUACCAAUGUUGUGAUUGUUUUAGAGAAAGGGAAACACAAGACGUUAGCAUUUUUAGCAAUUAGCAUUCAAAAGCAUUUCUCUUAGAAUCAUUACAUUCCCUGUUUCACUCCGAUGCAUCUCAAAAAGCAUGUUCCUCAACACACCUUUAAGAUGCAUUUGAGAUACUGAUACAUGAUGCAGUUUAACUUAUUUUUGUAUUGUACCCCAACAAGCAUUUAGUGGAUGAAAUUGUUCAGGGUGUCGCCAAGGGUUGACUUCCACAAGCACAAACAUAUUUUGGCACAAUAAGAACUCCUGUUUGACUAUGAACUUGUGUCAAAAAUGUUUAGAUUCUAAUUUUUACAAAACAAGUAAAAACGCCUCUGCUUUACUUAAAUGCCAUCUCAACUGUCAUUUUGGCAAUUCCCCUGUGUCAAAAUGUAAAAAAUUCAGCUGUUCAACGUGUAUGAACCACGUGACCUUAAACACGCUGACAGAAAGUAAGUUAAAAAAAUCCUUAAUUCGAGUAAUGUACUAUUAACGUUUUAGGAAAUUAUCCUACUCAGUUUCCUCCUGCUGCCACCUGAGGCCAACGCAGAUGUCAUUGUUGUUGCAGUCUCCAGUGUGGGUUUAAUUAUCACCUUUAUGCUGAUGAUGCAUGUGGAUAUUCUGAAGGGACUCCCAGGAUUUCCAACAAUGUGUACUUAAGGUCCAUGCAGUCACAGUGGUUUAUAUACUUGCUUUUAAACAAUGCAUUCAUUCAGUUGCAGCAUUUUUCACAUGCUUGCAUCCAAUGCAACGUCCGACCUGUUCUCACUACCAACUCAAUAUCAAAUAUCAACAGUUGGUCGAUGGUACUCGGCACCCGACAAGCUUUAACAAAUUCCAACGUAAAAACUAUUUGCAUCGUUUAGAAAUGGAUGAGAUUAGAUGGCAAGUUUAUUUCAAAAGACGUCACCUGCAUGUAACAAGCAGAAACUCACUGGUCAAAAACUGACGUGGGAGCGCUGCAAAGAAAGUCGCAAGCACAGGGCCGCACAUCUAGCGUCAGUAUUCGACAAGUUGGUAUGUUUUAGUUAGUUACUUAUUUCGUCUUUUAAAUCUGUUGUUUAGUUGUCAGAGUCUGCCAAGGAGGCAGAUUAAUUGUAUUCUGCCGGUGAGUUGCACUGUUAUGUCCGCGCUGUGGAGCAUCGUCGUCCACACACACAUGCAGUGUUAGAAGCAAGUAUGUAAGCGCUCAGAUCUUCACGGGGGUUUUAUAUAAUGCCCAAUUAGACGGCAAGGGCAAGCAUAUCCAUGUCAACUCUCUUUCAUGCUCUGCAAGAAAACAGUGUCUGUGGUGGGUCUAAAUUAAUAUAUGAAAAAUCAAGAUUAGAAAUUUAAAACAAAUAUUGUUAAAGACUCUGUAUGACCGUGUUAUCCUGACAGUGUUGUGUCCUAACUGAACUAGUGUAUGUCGGCACAGUGGUGGCAGCCACUGCGAUGUUAAUGGUGCUGAAAACAACAAUUCCAUGCCACGUCGAGCAUGACAAUGUACAGACAAUGCAUAUGUAACCGCCCGGUCAUGGGCAGAGGACGAGGCUUCGCUCUCUCUGAUUGGAUAGUGAAGCCUUUUGUGGUUGAAGUCAAAUAGAAGCGAAAACGCGGUGCGCUAGUUGUAAAUCAACUUAAACAAAAACAUGUUAAAAAAAAGGAAGUAAGUUCAAAAGCUCAAAUCAUCUUUUAUUAAUUGAUGCAAGUAUUUAUGUUUAUUUAUUUUUGUAUUUUUUAUGUAUAUAUUUAUUUAUUGUUUACUCUCUCAGUGGCCAUGUCUUUGGUAUGACUCUUAUAUUAAGAUGUAAAAACUGAAAAUAGUCUUUUUUUUUUACUCAUUCUAUAUAUCUGUAUAUAUCAGAGUGGCGCUAUACUAGGAUGUUCAUGAGUGUGUGUGCUUUGGUUUGUAUGUAUGUAUCGUAUGUACAGUACGUAUGUAAGGAAGUUCUUUUGAUAAUGCUGCUUUACCAUCCUCUGAGUGAAUGAGCAGAAAAAUAAACUAGUGGUGAAAAUAUCUAUGACGCUGUUAAAAAAAAAGAGCUCAAGAUGUGCUGAUAACUGUAGAUGGGAAUAAUACUGUAGUAAACUUGGCUCAACAGCCGGCCAAAUA